CUCGGAAGGCCGGACUGCACAUCUCAUCCCACCAACUAUGCUCCCUGCGACUCUCAAACUGUGCUGUGGCAUUUCUCAUCAACCUCUCCGCAGCCUGACAGAUCUUCAGCGACCUGCUAUUGGCGCAUUUGGAAAAGAAAUGUCAAAAAUCAUCUUGAACAAAACCAACAACUGUUUACCUCACUCCUUGCAGAAACUUCUAUUUAUGAAACUAGGAAAUAAUGCCAAUCCCGACCUUGAAAAGACUGCCAUGCUAUCCAGCAGAGAUAAGUUCUAUUUAAAUCAAAUUGAGGAAACACUUCACAAAGCAAUGUCAAUGCUGCAACAGGAAGGCUGGCAGGCUGAACAGAAAAAUGGAGAUUGGAUUCUCAGUAAAGCAUUCCCAAAGAUAGGAAAAGUAUUUCGUGUAGAAGCUGUAAUUGAUUCACCACCUGAACACAUCUACACUCAGCUAUUUGAAGAACUUGAACACAUGGACCAGUGGAACCCAAACAUCAGCAAAGUACAGAUCCUUCAAAGAAUUGGAAAGAACACACUACUCACAAGAGAAGUGACAGCACAGAUCCCGGUACAUAUGGUCAGCCAGAGAGACUUUGUCAGUGUGCAGCAUUGCUGCAGGUCAGGAUCCUCUUUAUACCUCAUUGGAACUGCAGCUCAUUCACACUUAAUGCCGCCACAAAAAGGAAUAAUUAGGGCAGAAGCUGAACUCACCUGUAUUAUUUUACGGCCCCUUGAAGGUGACAGGAGGAAAACACACUUCACUUGGCUUCUAAGUUUAGAUCUCAAGGGCUGGAUACCUCAAUCAGUUACAGAGCGGGUCUUGUCCCAGUCCCAGGCUGAUUUUAUCUCACAUUUGAGGAGACACCUGUCUUCAGUAGAGAAGAUCUGAGUUGCACCCUAUUUUAUUAUAUGUAUAAUGUUAAUGUGAAAAAAAGGAAUUAUGAAGGUUAGCUAAUAUAGGUGUAAUGCAUAUCACAAUGUAGCUAGCUUCAGACCUAGUUUUAUUGUUGGGAAAUAUUGCAGAUUUGC